CGGGCUCAUCCGAUCAACGCCAGCAAUGUUUCAUGAGAUCGUGUGAACCAAUUGAAGAUCCACCGGGUAGAACUACAACAACUGCUACAGGCUGUCGGCCACCUGAGAGUAUUGCAAAUGGGUUUUACACGCCGGUUGAGACACUCUACAGUGUCGGUGAUGUGGUGCAGUAUGGAUGCGAAAUCGGGUUUCGCUAUAUCGGUAAACUGAAAUUGAAAUGCUCGGCGAAAGGACGCUGGAACAGAAAUCCACCCGAAUGUCGAGCCAAGGAAUAAUGCAAUGAAACUGAUGAUACUGUGGCACUGCCAUAUAUGGUAGUGUUAGUGUUAGGUAAUAUCAAUGAGUGACUGUUGCUGAUUGGCUGUUUUGCAAUACACUGAUAAGUAAUGUUAGAGGUUGUAGCAGUUAAUUGACUAACAACGUCUUUGAAAGGAUUUUUAAUUUAGCAUUGAAGUGGGUCUGUUUUCUACUUAACAAUUUUGUGAUUGGCUAAUUUUAAUUACAUCUAAACGU